UCUUCACUUCGAUCAACAAGAGUAACGCUCUGUGAACAUUUGAUCAAGUGGAACAACUUUUGGUUGCAAUAAUGGAUCGUGGAAAAAGGCCAGACAGAUCUCUUACUGCGCUGAAUAGUAAGAUGUAUAUGGAUCUUAAGGACAUCAUCAGGGAACAUUCCCUUUCAUUUCUUCCUGCCAAAUCACUUUUCAAAUUCAACGCUGUUUGUAGGGACUGGAAACUCCAGAUUUCGAGUCCAUUUUUUGCCCAUAAUCAGUCACUUUUUUGUCGCAGUACUUCAGGCUUCUUUAUCCAUUCACUUGAUGGUUCUCCUUCUCUCAUACCCAUUGACCCAAGCUUUUGUGGGGUGCCAGAUCCAUUACUUAAGUUUUUGCCCGAGCCUGUUGACAUUAGGUCCUCCUCAAAUGGACUGCUUUGCUGCCAAGGUCGUGCAGAGGACAAGGCCUACUACAUAUGUAAUCCUGUUACUCAGCAGUGGAAGAAACUUCCAAAAUCAAAUGUGAAUCAUGGACCAGAUCCAGCAAUUGUGCUCAUAUUCGAACCAUCAUUGCUCAACUUUGUAGCUGAGUACAAAAUUAUAUGCGCUUUUCGAUCCACAGAUUUUGGUGAUGCAGUUGAGUUUGAUAUCUAUUCCUCCAAAGGGAAUUCUUGGGAAGUUGCUGGGGAGAUCCAUUUUGGAGCUAGAGCAACACGUAUGCCAAAUCCAAAAUCAGGGGUUCAUGUGAAUGGUGUUGUUUACUGGAUGACAAUUUCAGGUAGUAUUCUUGCUUUUGAUCUAACAAAGGAGAGGUCACAGCUCCUUCAAAAUCAUGAUUCUCGUGGGAUUUUGGGGGAGUUUAGCGGAAAGCUCUGUAAGAUGAACGUCUUUGGUAAUUCAAUCAGUUUAAGCAUUUUGGAUAAUGUCCACUCAAAUACAAUGCAAAUGGGAAGCCAAACCAAAAUGUGGGCAGGAAAACAGCAGGUUGUUCUUGACAGUAAUAUUGUUGGGAAUGUAGCGGGGGACUACUCAGUUUUACACGUCGACAGUAAUAUGUUGGUGGUUCGGAGCCAGGGAAAAGCCUUUUGGUAUGAUUUCAAGUCUCGUGCAACAAAAUGCAUUCCGGGUGAAUUUCAUAAUUCGAGAUGCUUUCCCUACGUCAACAGCUUAGUCUCCCUCUAGUCUGCCUUGGCUGCAGUUGAAAGAUCUUUGUUUCGAGCUGCAACAUCCUUGCUUGGAAUUUCUUUCAAGAAUAAUCAUAGUUUGUCUAUUUUAUAUUUCAUGUUAUUAUUAUUCAUUACUUUAUCUGUGAUGAUUAUUUCAAGUGACAGCGUAGGAUUAAUUAUGCUAUAUAUAAUAGCAGUGGAUAUAUUAAAUAUUCGUAAAUGAAGUUUAUUUCAUAA